AAAUCAAAACAAAACCAGUGAGCGGAUCAAAUCUGUCUGACGUGGAAGAAAAGGCCUGUAAGACACUUCCUGCAACAAAUGCUACAGACUCCAGCUUAGCGCAGCAUGCCUUUUCAGCAUUAGUAUUUCAAAAAUGCGACUCUACAGCAAAAACAUUUCAUGAAGAAACAGUGGUUUUGAGAGGAGGACAGAGAAAAGGACUUUUCUGAAGUAGGUCAAUAUGGAGGUUUAACACAGCUGGACUGUUGAUAAAAGACUUUUGCAUGCUAUUUGACAUCAUCAUGGAUACAAAACACUGCAGUGUUUGCUACCUGUUUCUCUGUAUUUCUAUGAUGUUGACACCCUGGGACAUGAGUUCAGCUUGCCACUCAGGUUCUCCUGUAGAAUGUGAGAAAGCUCCCUUUGUGCCCGGCUACAAUCUGGCAGGAGAAGGCUUUGAUUUUGUAACAAUGCGCCGUAAAGGUGCCUUUUUGAUCAAUGUCAAGUCACACUUGCAGGACAAUGCCACUUGUACAGUCUGCAAGAACCGCUUUCAUGGAGGGCAGAUGCAGAAACUUCCCUCAGCCAUCCUGGACUGGCGUCCCUUUAGCCGCUGCAGCAAACAGCUUUCUAGUGCUCUUCAUCAUUCUGUUGACUCCCUGAUGAAGAGCUCGACUUCACUCAUUAAUAACAACUGGGCAAUGGACCUUAGCCUGGAUGGUCUAGGCAAGGCAAUUUUGGGAGGGAGCCGUUCAGAUAUUGCUAAAUUUGCCCAGUCUCAGAAUACAAUGGAUAAAGCAACAUUUGCUCUACAUGAGUUCAGCUGCACAUAUUACAGCUACAGACUUAAAGACCACCCAGAACUCAGCACAGAGUUCUCAAAACAUCUCCAGCGACUUCCGACACAAUAUAAUGACAAAGCAAGAUCCCUGUAUCGAAGGACUAUAGAUACAUACGGCACUCACUACAUACGCCAAGUACAUCUGGGAGGACGAGUGAGACGGGUCACAGCUUUUCGAACUUGUCUUGCAACUCUGAAAGGCUUCUCUGAAACCGAUAUCAAAAACUGCCUGUACAUGGAGUUAAAAAUAGCUUUGGGAUUCUUACCAGCCAAUGUCUCUCUCUCCAACAAAUGCUCUGGAAUCCUUAAAGAUAACAUGAGCAUGGGAUUCUACCAGGGUUUCAUGACACACAAGAUCGAAGUGUUGGGAGGUGAGAAAUACUUUCCAGACCUUGUUUUCAACCAAAGCCCAGCUGAAGCAUACUCGAGCUGGAUGAUUAGCUUGCAUGACAACCCUGAUGUCAUAUCAUAUGCAAUUUUUCCUCUCCAUCACCUGGUGGCGGAUCCUGAGGUCAGCGCCAAUAUGAGAAGAGCAGUAAUCGAGUACAUUGAAGAGAACAUGCUUUUCGUAGAUCACAAAAAGAACCAAGAAUGCUAUCAGGCACCAAAUCUGGACCACAACUGCUGCCCCCUGCGAGCCGGCCAUGGCACGUUAGCCGUUUUUGUGCAAAAAGCUGUAGGCUUGAAUGCAGACCAUUUCACACCCACUGACGGUUAUGUGAAAGUUUGGUACAAUCUUAUGUACAAGGAGACUGAGGUGGUUAUGGACAAUAAUAAUCCAAAAUGGAACAUCAUCUAUGAUUUUGGAUCAAUUGAGUUUGGUCACGAGCUUGUAUUUGAGGUGUGGGACAGUGAUGUAUUUUUUGAUGACUUAUUGGGAAGAUGUGUGGUCAGCCCUGAACCUGGAACUCACUCACACAGCUGUAAAUUAAAGAGAGGCAUCUUUUACUUUAUCUAUAGCGCUUCAUGUGAUGCCCACCUCACAGGCCCAAGGUGUAUCAGAUAUUCUCCAAAACCAUAAGACCAUGCCAUUGUACAAAGUAUAUGUCUGUAAUCUGUAUUACAUUCUCUAUAAGAGUGGGACAUCAACGCUUGACAGCUCUUCUUCUCAGAUGUCUGGAGGAGAAAGGGCUGGUGUAGCUGUUAAUGUAAUGGCUUGGAUUGCUCUUGUGGUGGCUGGAAUAAUGUUUUAGUGAGAAAAAAGUAUUUUCUCAAAACCUCACUCAUAUACAAUAUAUAUGCAAUCAGCUGAACUUUAGAAGUUACAUUUCAAAUGACAUAGAUUGAUAUGUGGUAGUGGAAGCAGUGAUGUGGCUGAAGGGUUUAAGGGCUGUUUUUAAAAUCAAAAGCUAUUUUAACUUUUUCUUCCUCACAUUAUUACUCCUCUUUAUUAAUAGAAGUGGUAGGAGUAGUAGCAUGUAAUUGCCUUAAAAUUAAUCAUAUUUAUAUACAGUACAUUGACAAUUGUUUUUCACAGAACAAGUUCUUGAUACAUCCACAGCAAUGUUAUAGGAUAGGUUUUUCAUCAAAUGAUUGAACGAAUUUGAAUUAAACAUGCAAAACAGUAGUCUCAACAAUCAGCACUAAUCAAUAAAUUUCUGAAGCAUU